UUUUUGACAUUCUGACAAAUAACUCAUUCGAUUGUGUGAUUAAUUGGAAUCGAUCAUUGACAAUAGGAAAAUGAAAAUAAAAAUAUUUCAUUCCCAAUUUUUGAGGAAAAAGUUUUUGCACGUGCAUCUGGUUUGUUAUUAAAUAACUAUUAAUUAUGCUGUUGUAGUUGUCUCAAUUAAAUGAAAAACAUGGUACAGGCACUGGAUGUUGCAAAGAUGAAACACAAAGAUUUACCUCAAGCUUUAAUUUUGUUAAAUGAAAUGAAUGUGAGUGCUCAACAUGUAGCAACAUUAGUAGACAAUAUGAUCCAAAAAGUAAGAAAAGGAGAACUUACAACUGAUCAGGGUCUGAGUUUUCUAGAAAUGAAGUAUAACAUGCUUCUUAGUUAUCUCAUUAACCUAACAUAUGUAGUUUUGCGGAAAUGUUCAGGAGAAAAAAUUAUGGGCGACCCAUGCAUAGACAGAUUAAUAGAAAUAAGAACUGUCUUAGAAAAAAUAAAACCCAUCGAUCAAAAGCUCAAAUAUCAGAUUGAUAAAUUGGUAAAGUCUGCUGUAGCUGAGUCUGCACUAGAUGACCCUACUUCAUUUAAAGCUAAUCCAGAAAACCUCAUUGAUAAAGAUGCCCUUAACAGUGGUAGUGACACUGAUGAAGCUGUUUCAGCAGGUGCUGAAAGAAAAAGGAGUGAUGUUUAUGUUGCUCCCAAAUUAUCUGCCUUACAUUAUACAGGUGAUGAAACUUCCAAAGAAAGAACAAAGCACUUACAGGAACGUACCAAGAAGCUAGCACUGUCUAAUUCUAUUAUGCAGGAUCUUCGUGAGGAAUACCUGGAUACUCCUUUGGAAAUUUCGCAGAGCAGUAGAGCCCAACAAGUGUUAAGCAAGCAGCAACAAGAGCGGCAAGAGUAUGAAGAAGAAUACAUGACGCGGUUGCCUAUUAGUAAAACCGAAAAGCACAAAAAACGUCAACUUACAACAUUAGGUAGUUUAGGAGAUGAAAUAACAGAUUUUGGAAGAAAAUCCCAAAAGGCCAGUAAACGGAAGAGAUUUUCAAAGAAAGGGUCGUCGUUUAAAAAAAGAAGAAUUAAUUAGUAUUAUGUAUUUUUUUUUAUAAAUAGAAUGUUAUGAAAUUGAAUUUUUUACUGAAAAUUCUAAAAUCUACAACUUAGGAGCUGAUCACAACUUAAUUACUUGUUCUGUUUGAGGCAAAAACUAUUAUUAAGAUUAUAAUUUUAACAGAAAUAAAUUGAAUUAUUUUAUUUGUUUCAUCUAUUGCUUCACCAGGAUAUAAGUACCUAUA